GUUGGAGAAGAGGAUUUUGGUGGACCUCCCCAGUAAAGAGGCCCGGAGGGCCAUGAUCCAGCACUGGCUGCCCCCUCUGAGCAACAGCAGAGGAGUGGAGCUGAGAACAGAUCUGGACUACGGCUUGCUGGGCCAGGAAACAGAGGGUUACUCUGGCUCAGACAUAAAACUCGUGUGCAAGGAAGCAGCCAUGAGGCCAGUGAGGAAAAUUUUCGACGCUCUUGAAAAUCACCAGCCAGGUAACAGUAACUUCCCCGUGAUCCGAUUAGAGACGAUCACCACAGCAGAUUUCCUCGAUGUGAUUGCCCACACCAAGCCAUCAGCAAAGAACCUAAGCCAGAAAUACACAGCUUGGCAGAGAGAAUUUGAGUCAGUUUAAAGAGAAAAAAACCUGAAAGACUGAAAACUUCCAAGCCUUUUGCCUCCAAAGGAUCCAGUGGUGAAGGGGAAGAAAGUGCUGCCAUUUCCAGGGAAGAGAACGCAGUGGCAAAUGCCAGGGGGAAGUCUUCACUUUCAGGAUUUAAUUGCAGGGGUGUUUGGUUAUGGGUGUUUAAUUGGAGGGGUGUUUGGGAAUGUUCAAAAAACA